AUGCUCCCUGAGACGGAAUGUCGUGUGUUGAAUGAAACGUAUAAGAUUUUAUUAGCCGAUUUCGAUCCUAGAGACGCCAUAAUAUUUUUGGAGGGCAGAGGUGUCUUUUCGGAGGAUAAUUCUGAGUUUGUCAACUCAAAGGUUCGUGAGUGGUAUGAAUUAUGAAUAUUGAGCAUAUUUUACAAGUUUUUUUUAAAUGAAUAUCCUUUCUUUUAUGCUCAAUAAUAAUUUUUUGAAUUCAGUCUACACGCUUGGAAAGACUCCAUCACUUUUUACGUUUCUUUCGUCGGCGAGCUGUUAACUUGAAUUGCCUGAUCGAAUACUUCGACUAUGCGGGACAGAAUCAUAUAGCCGAGUUUUUGCAAAAUGGAGUUGAUGUCUCACUUGAUUCGAAGAGAGAAAAGUGCGUAUCAUUUCACUCGGGUUCACGAAAGUUUAUCUAUGGUAAAGAAGCCCUCAAGAGAAAGUUUUGGGGAUUUGAUUUUAACUUCAUGAUUUCUUUUUCUCUUGGUUGGGAUUUCCAAGCUUUUUUUAAAAUUUAAACUUCAGUAGGAUCUAUUUAAUUUCUUUUUUCUGAUUACUUCAACCUCUUAGUUGUCGAUUUUCAUAAUAGGCUGCGUCCAGCUCCAGACACACGUAUGGCGAAAGAAGCUCUGAGCCGAGCUCUGUUGAUGGGCGGCGUCCCAAGAGCCGCGUCAAGCUUCCAUCGCAAUUCUUUGUUGGACUCAGCAAGAGAAAGUCUCUGUUCUCUUUCAUUCGAUUCAGGUAAAACUGUUAUUUUUAUGCAAAAGCAAGUUUUUCAGAGUCAUUCUUCGUCGUUUUGCAUGGACGUGCAGGAGUUGGAAAAACUUUUCUGGCGUCUCAAUUAUUGUCGACGUCGUCGGAGCUUGUUGGAGGGUUUUCAUUUAUUCGUUUCCUUUACAAAUCAUUUUUUCCAGAGUUUUCGAAUCAGUUAUAUGGUUACGCGAUGGAUCUAUGGAGAAACACAACGUUAUAAAAGUGUUUGUCGAUCUGCUGCUUAUGCUCAGGUAGGCUUUGAACAGUUUUGGUGCAAUUAUCUACUUAUUUUUUCAUUUCGGUUUCAGUUAAGUUAUGUUUUAGAAGCGACGAUGAAGUGCACAAUAUGCCUGACCUCGACAGUCUCACUUCUUCUCAGCUGAAAAUAAUGGUAAAAUGACCAUUUCUUUUUUCCAUCAAUUGUAUUAAAAAUUUUUGCAUGAAUCACUCUUUUUUUGAGGUGAGAAAUGCUUUGAUUGAUAAGCCGCACGCGCUAAUUGUUCUGGACGACGUCAUUCAAACAGAGACUAUCGAUUGGGCAGAACAGUUAGGGGUAACGAUGGGCGGUUCCUCAGAAGCCAUUGUGGGAUUAGUUGAGAUGUCUGGUGACGACCCGAAAUAAAGACGUCAUGGACAUCGUGUCCUCGCCGUUGGCCUUCAUCGAAGUGUCUUCUUUGGAUGACGACGAGAGUCACGCCUUUCUGCGUUGUUCGAGAUUCUCUGCUCCGGAAACGCCUGCCGAAGUGAAGCCCUGCUCAAAUUUUAAAUUAUGUCCUUUCUAGGCAGAAAUCGAGAGAAGCGCCGUUCGUUUUGCCAGUGGAAAUCUCGCAAUGCUGAGAAUCCUAUGCCAACUGAGUGAGCUGAGAUUCGAAAGGUGAUGUCUGAGCAAUUCUUUUGCGAAACAGUUUGGAAAAAAGAGUUGUGUUAGAUAAAUGGUGAAGAUGCCGAGUUCUAAGCUUUAAUUUUUGUCGCUUCUUUGCCGAUGGAGAUUUUCUAGCAAACAAUACAUUCUCAAAAACCUUCUUCGUUGAAAAAUAUUUUUUAACCCCACGAGUUAGCUCCUUGACCUGACUAGGAAACUACUCGGACUCGGGUACGCGUUUCAAGUUGUAACUUUAGUGGCUCCUAGACCCGCGUAAGAGUACUUGGAAACAAGAGAGAUUAUCUGCUAAACCCCAUAGGCUUCUGAGAAAAAGAUUUUUGAAAAUGCACAGUUUAGGCUUGAAAAUUAUCAAAUUUCAGUUUUCCUUUUUCUUUUGGCUAAAAAUAAAUUUUUUUAGAGUUUAUCAUAGCCGCAUCAUUCGAAGCGAUUGUAUUAAAAUAUAAAAUAAGGUAAAAAGCAAUAUUCUGAAAAAUUCUCAGGCCUAAUUUUUCGGUGGUAUGAAAAAAACACCAGCGAAAAAUCCAAACGGCGACUUUUCCGAUUUUUUUCAUAUCGCUAGGGAACUUUCCGACGGCCACCUUUCCGACGAAAUUUUUUUCCGAAUUUUUUUCCCUUAUAUUUUUUUCGGCUUAUAAGACAUCUAUUUACAUUUUUUUCCUAUUUUUUUGUUUUAAUCAUGAACCAACUACCUACUUUAUAUAGGAAAUUUAAAACGAAUAUUUUAUCGAGAAAAAAAGUCGGAAAGGGAUUCGUCGGAAAGGUGGCCGUCGGAAAGUUCCCUAGCGAUAUGAAAAAAAUCGGAAAAAGUCGCCAUUUGAAUUUUCGCUGGUGUUUUUUUCAUACCACCUAAUUUUCAAAUUUUCUACUAAUUUUUUUCUCAGUUCUUUAUUAGGUUUAGCAGAUAUUCACACUUUUUCAAGUCUUCUCACUUAGGUCUAUAAACCACUAAAGUUUGAGCUCGAUCCGCGUAGCCGAGUCCGAGUAGUUUCCUAGUGAGUCACACUGUUUUACAAUUUAUAAUUUUUUUCGAAAUUGUUUUCUCGAUUUUUUCGGCGAAAAAAAUUUCCAGCGGUUGAAAUUUCAUGGAUUAUAGGUUGCUAUUUCGGAUUUUUUUAAACAAAAAAAUUCAAAAAAAUUUUUUUCUGAAAUUUUUCUUGUAAAAAAGCAAACCAUUCAGCGAAAAAAAUCUCAAUGAGUUCUUUGGAAAACUUUUAAUGGUGCCAAAGGAAAUUUUUAAGAUUUUGUGUUGCCUCAAUAAUUUUGACCGCCUUUGAUCACUACUUGGCUGUUAUUUUUUGAGUUUUUCAUUUCACGUUAUAGUCAAUUUUUCUCGACUUGAAAGGCGAGGGAGGCGGGUCUUGAUGCGUAGCGUGUUCGUACGCGGUUCUUGGCCCGAGUUCAUUUCAACCGCCAGGAUGGUAGGAAGGAAUUUUGGGUUCCCGAAUAUUCGUGAGCGUUAAUUGUGCAUAUACCAAUCUUAGAGGCUCGAAUCUUUGAAUCUUCGCAAACGAUUCUUGGGGAUCUUCAUUUCUUUUCUGAUUUUUUAUAAUUUUUCCAAUGUUUUUGUUAACAGAAGUUGAUGGAGAAUAUAUAUAGAGUGAAUGAAAAAUGUGGUAGCCGUUCUGCAGCGAAUAUUUGACUACGUGUAUGCGAGAAAGACGCAUUAUUUGAUAAAAAUUGAGUUGAAAAAAUCAUAGUGUUCAUUUGUGGUCGAAACAUCACAGUGUUCCCAAAUAGGCGGCAGAUGUGGUCAUUGGGCGUGACCGUAUGCAAUGGGGGCGCGGCUUAUUGCAAUAGUGGGGCGACAUUGAGAGCCGAUUGUUGUGCAUUUACUGGAUGAAAACAUAGCGUUGAAUAGUGUUUUUCAACGCCUCCUUGAACUUUUAUAGUAGUUUCAAUAUAGUCCAACGCGCAAUGAAUCUAUUGAGAAUGGAAUAUGAACCGAACCGUUUUUGUCAAAAGAUUUAUCACACGAAAUGCCUUUUUUUUCAGGACGAUUCGUCGCGUGAAGUCCUAAAACAUUUUUUGAAGGAAAAAACGCAUGACGGUUCCUUCGAAAAACGCAUUUUGAAUUUUCUGAAACGAAAGAAAAAAUCAAUUGGCUUCGGCACAAAAAUUUAUAACUCAAAAAGUCAUUUUAGACAACAUAUGUUUUGUAAAACGUCAAAAAAAAAAUUUCGAAAAAAAAAGCUCUGGGCCUUUAUCUUAAGAAACUCAUUCUGAGCAUUUUAAAACAAAAACAUGAACCAAGUAACUUCUGCAAAAAAAGUUACUCUUCAAAAUGUCAAUUUUGUCGAAAUUUCGGGACCAUCUCGCUCAAAAAUUAACUCACGUACCUCUCAAACGCAUCCAACACGGUUAUAUUACACAACAGAAAGUAAAACGAUUCAAAAAUCUAAAAAAAUAAGCGAGAAAAAGAGAAAAAACUAUAUUUAAAUUGAAUGAAAUUUUGAGAGACUGACACGCGCCGCACCGCGUUGCGUUAGAAGGAACUCGCGUUUUCGCCCCAUUGAGACGACCAUUGUUUUCGCCUGCGCUUGCCCGUUUUGAAACACUGUGAACACGGCAUUUUCACAAUAAAACGACAAAGGAAAAAAAAUUUAGGAAAAAAAAAGAAGGAAAUUCAAAAAAAGAGGGGAAUAUUCCCAAGAAUCGUUUGCAAAGAUCCAAAUUUUCAAAGAUUCGAGCCUCCAAGAUUGGUGUAUGCACAAUUAACGCUCACGAAUAUUCGGGAACCCAAAAUUCCUUCCUACCAUCACCGCCAGCGACUAUUUGGAGAGCUCGUUUAUCGCUCUUUUUUUUUUUCAAAAUUAUUCAUUAUUUUUUUACAUGAGGGCAUUAAAAAAAUAGUAAACCAUAUGGAAAGAGAGCGAUGACCGAGCUUUUUGAAAAGUCGCUGGCGCUUGAAUUGAACAUGUGCCAAGAACCGCGUGCGCACUCGCUACGAAUCCCGAACCCUGCCCCGCCCCCCUCGCCUUAAAAGUCGGGAUGGAUUGACUUCAGCGAUUGCAGAUUGUCGCAGUUGGUCCGCAAAGCAGAGUCUCGCGGAGUAUCGACGCUCAUUUGCAGGACACCUUACAGUUUUUCCAAUCUUCAUGAAGCUUUGAAUCGCUCAGUAGAAGAGUUAGACGUCUCUGACCGCGAUUCAUUGGCUUGUCUCGUGCUCAUUCCUCCUAACACGCCUGUACCUCUGGAGGUACAAUCAAUUUACUCAUAUAUGAAGAAAAACGAAAAAAUAGCUGAACAAAAAGUUGGUUCUUCCUACGAUUCAACGUUUCAGCGGAGCUUUAAUUUAAAUUUUUAUCUAUCAACUCAGAUAUGGACCUCGAUCAUACCCGUCGACACGUGUGAUGCUGAUGAAUUGCAAGAAGAAGUCGGGGAAAAGCUCUCGAGGUUGCGACGGAAAGGGUCUUGGACAGCAGCGGCGGACGGCUGUUUCAGCGUCGACGCCCUCGUUCACUUCUACUUGAUAGAAGUGGUUGAUAGUGCGGCUAUCAAGGUCCACCAAAUGGAUACCGUAUCCCUCUUUCAAAGAUUUUUUUUGCAGGGGAUCAUCGCAAUGUUCGAAGAGCGCGUCAGCAUUCUGAUUAAUAACAACGGCGGUAGAAAUGCUCUUCUGCAAAACUUUGUACAAUCUCAUAGUGAUUUCUAUGAAAAUUUGAAACGUUUGUAAGUACGUGUAUUUUGGCGACAUUUCUUUUGAUGUUUAACUAGUUUGAGUUCCUGUUUCUGAUGAAGUCUGUACUAUUUCUUUGCCUGAAAUCGGUUUUCAAAGGUUCGAAAGUGUUCGUUUCUUGUCGGCGGUUGCAGCUUUUUCUACGUUCGCUGUCAUUCCUACAGUUUUGACGCGCAUAUUAUACUUCCAACCCAAUCUGGCGUCUAUGUUGAUUUUUUGCAGCACUCUUCUCACAUUCCAAGUUUCUUUUGUGAUUUUUUGCCUGAUCUUGUUUCUAGUGGUUCCGACUGUUUGGAACAAACAUGACACGAGAGAGGCGAGCCGUUUUUCGUGAAGUUAAUAUCAUGAAUACUUACCAACCAAGAGCUCUCACUUCUGGUUACCUCUUUGUGGUUUUAUUUUUCAUUUCGUUUUUUGAAACAAAACGACCAAAAUUUGAGCCAGACCCACCUACGCCAUGUUCAGUUCCGAUCGGUCGUACAAACCCUAGCACUUUCAACGAGUUGAGAGACAUGGUUUUUUGUUCAUAUAAUUUUUAUUUUCAUGUUCUUGCAGCAUUAUAAAGAUGAGUUCGUGAUGGCAAAUCGACAAAAGAAAGAAUUUGCUCGCGAUGAACUUCAUGUUUUGUUUUUCUUUGAUUAUCGUUUCAAAAUUUUCCUAGCCUUGCAGAGUGAAGUUGUACGCAUCGAAUUUGAUGACGAUGCUUCUGAUUCCGAUUCUCCCGAGAGCUAA